AGUUGCGAGAAGAAAGAAAGGAGGAGACGUGACGGGGUUGUUGAAAUUUAUUUUCUUGGUUUCCAAACACCACCCCGCCGCACUGUCCCGGGCUCCUUGUGUCAAUACUACAGCAGUGGUAUCUAAAGUCCCAAACACCGUCUGGCUCUCAGAAGUCCUGAUAGUGAGGUUUGGCACACAGGACAACGGGGGAUCUGACUAGGUCAUGGCCAAUCGGGGAGGAGCUACGAGACCCAAUGGACCCAAUGCGGGGAACAAGAUCUGUCAGUUUAAGCUGGUGCUGUUGGGGGAGUCAGCUGUUGGAAAGUCCAGCUUAGUGCUCCGCUUUGUCAAGGGUCAGUUCCAUGAAUUCCAGGAGAGCACGAUAGGAGCUGCCUUUCUCACCCAGACAGUGUGUUUAGAUGACACAACGGUGAAGUUUGAAAUCUGGGACACUGCAGGUCAGGAGCGUUACCACAGUUUGGCACCCAUGUAUUACAGAGGAGCACAGGCAGCCAUCGUGGUCUACGACAUCACAAACGAGGAGUCUUUUGCCCGGGCAAAGAACUGGGUGAAGGAGCUGCAACGACAAGCUAGCCCUAAUAUAGUCAUCGCUCUGUCAGGCAACAAGGCCGAUCUAGCCACCAAGAGAGCCGUCGACUUCCAGGAUGCCCAGUCCUACGCAGAUGACAACAGCUUACUCUUCAUGGAGACAUCGGCCAAAACAUCAAUGAACGUGAAUGAGAUAUUUAUGGCUAUUGCAAAGAGAUUGCCGAAGAGUGAGCCACAGGCAGCAGGAGCCAGUAGCGGGCGGAACCGGGGAGUGGACCUGACAGAGGCUGCCCAGCCAGCCAAGGCUCCAUGCUGCAGUAACUAACGUGAAGAACGCCUUCCUUCCAACCAACCUGUAGAGCAGUAACUAAUGCGGCCGAAGCCCUGAAUGGCACCGCAGUAAUGCAAUGUGUUUUACUCUUAUCUCCAAUUCUCUGAUCUGCGAAACAAAAAAAAGAUGCCCUAUGUGCCGCCCCCCCCCUCUCUUACUUUUGCAGUAAUGAAGUCAAUGGUCUACACUGAUUUCUCCACAUGGCUUUUGCCUAUUUCCCUCCAUCAUGGUUCUGCUGCUACCUGGUUAAGCCCCUUAACAAUUAUUUCCUACUUUCUGCUAUCCAGCUUGUUACAUCUAUCAAUUAUUAUUGAUAGAUUAAUGACAGCAGAUAUUAGAACCUUUAUUGUUCCUUGCCUGCCACCAUCAACCCUCCAAACUUGUAGAUAGGAGUUUCAUUUAGAGGAAGUGGUUACUUCCCUGUUUGUGGGAUGGCUUAAGACUUUACUACUGCAUUUCUAAUACCAGUCUUCUGUUUUGUUACAUUUUUUUUAUAAUUUUCUUACUUAUUGUUUGCUAUAAUUUGGUCAAAAUUAUGGAUGCACAAACCUAUAUACUUACAUGGCCUAAAAUAGAAAAACUAAAACCUUUUGUCUGCAGUAGCACAGAAAAAUAUAUUUUGUAGAAGAGGAGGUGUGUUCUUGUAAAUCUAAAAAAGA